AAUCGAAUGCGUCAUUUCCGGUGUUUGUUAGUUGAUUUUUCUGGAUAUGCGCACUAGACAAAAAAAUAUUAAAUCGAUUUGAGAACACACCGUGAUAGAGGGCUUUGCAAGAAACCUUCUUUUCUGACGAUGGAAAGGAAGUUUCACCGGCAAAAAAUCCUUCACAGAGAUCACAAACGCGAUGCGGUCUCGGUAUUUCAUCAGAUAUCGCAAAGUGCGCGAAGUGUUUUCGACACGAAGCAAAGAAGCGACAGCGAACAACCGAAGCGGCAUCGCAGUCAUGACAGCGGGGACAACGCAAGAAACACCGAGCAAAAUAACGAACUAUCACAAAAAGAGAAGUUAAUCAAGAAUGGAAAGAUCGUCGUAGACAGGAACAACUUCGAGGACAGUCGGCGAUGGCCAAAGUCGCUUAUGGAAAAGGUCGAAGAAAUGCUCAAAAUCGAAGAGCAUCAUGUCAUUUCCUCGGAAGACAUUACAGAUGUAGAGUGGUGUCCCAAAUUUGUCAAACCAGAAAUCCAUGGGCAUGUAAGAGGAGGCAAGGCUUUGCUUCAUCACAGAUGUCGCGAAUGCAGGCGUUUGUGUCUCCAUCUUCUUGGUAGCCCUGGAUCAAAAAGACAGUGUUUGGAAUGUUCAGGGAAAUGGAAUAAGAAAUAUAUUCCAGUGUGGUAUUACCACAACAGCUGUAAAUAUUGCAGAAGAAACUGAACUUCAAGUUACAGAAAAAGCUGUUAGACAACUUUAAGCGAGCUUAUUUAACCGGCGAUGCCUCAGUUUUCAUUUUUACUUGGUGUUGAGAACCGGUUAGCUGCGAAAUUUGGAUAAUUGCAAGUUGUUUCUCAUUUCUUUUUUCAAAGCAUUGUUGCGGCUCAUGCUCGGUGAAAUAACCUCACCGACCACACAACACAAAGGAAACAGAAGAGCGAAGAACCUGCUGAAAACGCGAACUAACCGGUAAGCAAAGAAGGUCUACCGUGGGACCUUAAGGCCCGGUCCAAACGGCGCUCCACUCUCAUGUGCCGAACCAAACUCGAUUGAGUUCCACUUUGGAGCGACUUUGGAGUGACUUUGGAGGACGGCUGAUUCAGACGGCGUACUUGCGUCAAAUUCGGGAAGCUCGUGGUAAACAAUUUUCGAUGAGAAAAUAUGCGUUCUGAAUUCAAGAACUCCAUCCAAAUAGAGAAGCUGUGAGUAAUAUGUCGCUGUUAUAGCAAUAUUUAGGGAAGCAAAUUCAAUCGCAAGAUUCAGUGUUCGUAGUUUGAGAGGUUUUCUUCCGGUAAAUUCGACCUGUUAAAGUGAAAUUUUAUAAGCUGGGCUAUUAUCACGAAGAAAAAGCAAAAAAAUGAAUUUGCGCUAAAGAAACUCGCUUAUACAGUCCCGUUUCUCAUAAAUCGAAAGCAUAAUGGGAGCUGCGAAACGCGACAGAGUAUUUGCUGUGUAUAUUUUUAGCGACGACUUCGAGCUUUAUGCAUGACUGGUCACGUCACUCAAUUUUGCGCCAAUCACAAGUGCCGUUAUAUGAAAAAUCCAUUACAGUAAUUUAUGCAUUAGGUUCGGCACAUGAGGAGAAGACCGUAUGAAUCAGCCGCCGCUCGAAUGUCGCACAGUGCGACAGACAUUGCCGAAUUUAAUGUUGUUUGCCGCUCCAAACCUAACCUGCCGACCCAAACUGAUUCAAACGCCGCUCUUCUACCGUACUUAACUCAUCAGUUAGGUUCGGCGCAUGAAUGGAGCGGCGUUUGGAACGUGCCUAAGUCGCCGUAACUUAAGGCGACUUUAGGCGACUUAAGCAAAACUUACAGAAAAAACAUUGCGACUUUAGGCGAUUUAAGGCGAUUUAAGGAGACUUACGGCGACUUUAGGCGACUUGAGGUGACUUUAUUUCACUCGAGUGAUAUAAACCUAAACUUAGCAUUAAUCUCUCCAUAUACUUUAAAAUUUUCAACAAAAUCUCUUGCAAUGAACCUAUAUUGUACCAAUCAUUUGUUUAAUUUUGUAUUCACAUAUAUUAAUUCACCAUAGUCUCAAAUGAUCUCAAAUAUCCAGAUUUCAAACCAUUUUUGUUUAAAAAAAUACUAUUAAAGAUAGAAUUACCACAACACUGAACAGGUAUAUUAUUAAU